AUUGACUGACAACUCCACACGUCGAACUGCCAGCGGAACACGAACAGUCCCCCAGGCUCGCGAUUGCCACCUGACGCUGGACACUUUCCAUUCAGCACGAAAUUCAUUGUUCAUACGCAGCCCCAACACUCGUCUCGAAUCGCUUCCGGCGGGGUCGCGAGUAAUCCAUUGUCAGGAUUCACGAAUGCUUCGACCGCCGAAAGACUAGCCCCUCCCUUGAAUAUUCUAGUACAUUGUUUCUCACGAUGCCUCCAGCCGUGAGCAGAUUCGGUCCGCAUAAUCUCUCGAGUCCGUUCGCGCACCUUCAGCAACCUCAUUUACAGCAUCAUCCUGCCCAUGCGCAGACUUCGGCUACAGCUGGUCUUCCUGCCGCAGCAUUAGGUGCCCACCCGAGCUUCGCCCAAGCUGGCUCUGCCGCAAAUCUUAAUCACUUUGCCCCUCCCACAGCAACGAAUGGCUUGGUUGGAUUUGGUGGGGGUGGCGGCUUAGCGGGCGGUGGAGGGACGGGCCUUGCCAGUCAUGCCGCCCAGAUGGGUUUCGCCCAUGGGGCAGCGCUGCAACAGCAACAACAGCAGCAACAACAAGCACAAGAUGAACUCGGAGCAGGCGUCGCAGAUGGCAAGGGUGUAUCAAAAGGAAGGAUACGAGAAGUCUGGAGGAGUAACUUGGCCCAAGAAAUGCAGAUUAUUCGGGGUUUGGUAGAGAAAUACCCGUAUAUCAGCAUGGACACCGAGUUUCCCGGAAUCGUUGCCAGACCAAUGGGCACCUUCACCACGAAAGCCGACUACCACUAUCAAACAUUACGUUGUAACGUCGAUCUCCUCAAGAUGAUCCAACUUGGAAUCACCCUCUUCUCUCCCGCCGGCGAGCUCCCUCCCGCACAUGCCGCCGAGUUAUCAACCGUGAAUGGUUCUGGUUAUCCAAAUAAUCUCAUCCAGUGCCCAUGUACGUGGCAGUUCAACUUUCAGUUUACGCUCCAUGACGACAUGUAUGCCCAAGAUUCGAUUGAGAUUCUUCAAAAGGCGGGAAUCGACUUUCAGCUACAUGAGAAGAAUGGCAUCGAUCCGCUAGAGUUCGGCUCGCUUCUGAUCACAUCCGGCUUGGUUCUGCUUGACGAUGUACAUUGGGUCUCGUUUCACUCCGGUUACGACUUUGGCUACCUCGUCAAAAUCAUGCUCUGCAAGCCACUGCCGGACGAGGAAGGCGAGUUCCGAGAGCUGCUUACCACCUUUUUCCCCUCAGUGUAUGACAUCAAGUUUCUCCUUAAACAUGUGGCCAAGGCUGGCGCUAUCAACAACUCUCCAUUGACGCCCGCCGCGACCCAAAUCAUCACUGGUCUUGGCCAGCGAUCUGGAUUGCAGGAUCUCGCGGACGAAUUAGGUGUGAAGCGAACGGGCUCGCAGCAUCAAGCAGGUUCAGACUCGCUUCUUACUGGCAAGAUCUUUUGGGAAAUGCGUCGGGCAAUUUUCAAUGGUCACAUUGAUGAUGGUCUCAUGGGCCAAAUAUGGGGUCUAAAUGGAGUCGGUGCACCGGCGACAUCUGCCGUGCUUGGAGCCACGACGGGAUCGUCGUUUCAAGGCCAAUCGACCCCGAACAUGAAUGGUGCUACCAUUUAUCUGAACGGUGCCACGCCCAGUACGCCGAAUACCGGCCAUGUUGGCCUUGCCAGCACUCCCGUGGCACACGUACAAGGAACAGGAGGCGGUAUAGGAGCGCUUACGCCUGGCGGCGGCGGAGGUGUCUUUGGAGGUUUCCAAUUUGGAAAAUAAACCUCGUUCUCGGCUGCAGCAAGGUUUCUCUAUCCCGUUUCAUUUCUUGUACAUUUCCACAUUUUUAUCGUUUUCCUGGGGUGGGACGCUAAAAGGCGUUGAGGGUGAUCUUAAGGACGCUGUAAUUAGGAUCUUUUCCUCUUGAUCUGCUCGAGACCAGGCGUUUUAGAUGCGGCGCUAUGAUAUGUUUUGGGUGUAACUUGUACAGAUGGUUGUACCUUUGUCGUCAUCUUCUCGAUAAACAUUGAGCAAUUAAGUAUUAUUGAG